AUGGCGCCCAGUUUCGAUACUCUGUCCGAGCAGGAUCUCCACGAGGAAGAAGAGGAGGAGGUCGACUUCUCUGAUCUCAAAUCGCAGUAUGAAGUGAAGCUCGAGGAAGGCUUGGACACAUUCGUGGUCAUCGAUGGCCUCCCAAUCGUGCCCGGCGAAAGCAGGCAAAAACUGAUCAAGUUCUUGCUGAGAAAACUCAACUCUGUCGGCCACACCUCCGAAGAUGCCGUUUUUAUGCCGCUCACCGAUAAGAACAUGUCUGAAGGGUUCGCCUUUGUGGAGUAUGAGACCCCGGAACAGGCAGUUGCUGCCGUGAAGCAGCUGAACGGUGUUCCUCUCGAUAAGAAACACACUCUCUCCGUGAACAAGUUGAUGGAUAUCGAACGCUACGGCCGUGAGGGUCGGGUUGAGGAGGACUACAAAGCACCUCAAGUGGAGCCAUUCAAGGAAAAGGAGCACCUCCGCUCGUGGCUGGGAGAUGCAAAUGCCCGCGAUGAAUUCGCUCUGUACCGAGGUGACAAGGUUGGCGUGUUCUGGAACAACAAGUCGAACCCGCCAGAGAAUGUCGUUGACCGCGCGCACUGGACACAACUCUUCGUUCAAUGGUCUCCAAAGGGAACCUUCCUUGCCUCCGUCCACCCGCAGGGCGUGCAGCUUUGGGGUGGAUCUUCCUUCUCGAAGCAAAAACAAUUCCCUCACCCGUUUGUGCAGUUGAUCGAAUUUUCCCCGCUGGAGGGCUACCUGACGACGUGGUCGGCACGCCCCAUUCAAGUGGAAGAGGGCCAGCCGAUCUUGACCUACGAGGAGGAUGGAAAGAACAUCAUUGUUUGGGACAUUGAAUCAGGCAAGCCUCUUCGAUCUUUUGUCUCUCACGACCUGGCUGCCGGGCCUCCCGCCGAAGGCGAUGUUCAACCUAAGAAGAAGGUGCAGUGGCCUGCGUUCAAGUGGUCUGCCGACGAGAAGUAUGUGGCGAGGAUGCUUCAGGGCCAGUCGAUCUCUAUCUACGAACUGCCGAACAUGAACUUGCUAGGCCGAACCUCGGUAAAAAUUGAGGGCGUGAGUGACAUUGAGUGGUCGCCCGCUACGGUCAGUCGCGAGGGCAUCAAGCAGUACGAGCAACUGCUCUGCUUCUGGUCCCCCGAAAUUGGCAGCAACCCCGCUCGUGUGGCGAUGAUGAGUGUGCCGUCCAAGGAAAUUGUGCGAACCCGGAAUCUGUUUAAUGUGUCAGAUGUCAAGCUCCACUGGCAAUCCCAGGGUGCCUACAUCUGUGUCAAGGUCGACCGUCACUCCAAGUCAAAGAAGUCCAUGGCUACGAACCUGGAGAUUUUCCGGGUGCGUGAUAAGGGUGUACCGGUGGAGGUUGUUGACAGUCUCAAGGAUACCGUGAUCAACUUCUCCUGGGAGCCCAAUGGCUCGCGAUUCGUCGUCAUCACGACAGGCGAAGCAGCCGCUGGUGCCGCUGUGCUCCCCAAGACGGCUGUGUCUUUCUUCGCUCCCGAGAAGAAGGGUAGCACAGCUGGCAACUUCAAGUUGGUGCGGACGAUUGAAAAGAAGACUAGCAAUGGAAUCUACUGGUCGCCUAAGGGCCGCUUUGUUGUGGUUGCUACUGUGCACUCGCAGUCCAGCUUUGAUAUGGACUUCUGGGAUAUGGACUUUGAAGGCGAGAAGGCGGAGGGCGAGAAGGACCUUGCCGCCAACCUCCAGCUGUUGAAGACUGUCGAGCACUACGGUGUGACGGACAUUGACUGGGACCCUACUGGCCGUUACGUGGUCAGCAGUGCCAGUGUGUGGACUCACUCGAUGGAAAACGGCUGGAACAUGCACACUUUCUUCGGCAACACGCUCUCGGAGAACCCCACGGACAAGUUCAAGCAAUUCAGCUGGCGUCCGCGCCCCGCGACACUUCUCAGCAAGGAGGAGCAGAAGCAGGUGCGCAAGAACCUGCGUGAGUACUCGAAGGAGUUCGACGAGGAGGACAGGUAUGCCGUGGACAUCGCCAACACAGCCGUGGUCGAGACACGCAAGCGGGUGCUCAACGAGUGGCUGGCCUGGAUCCGCCGGGAGAAGGAACUCAUGGCCGAAGAGAAGGACGCCUUUGGUCUGCCCGAGGACGCCGACACGGCCAAGGCAGCCCACGAUGCGCCGCCCGCAGGCGAGGAUCAAGGCGAGACGGUGGUCGAGGAGAUGGUGGAGGAGAUUAUCGAGGAGACCGAGGAGGUCAUUGGCUGA